AUGGUUCGACUUCUCGUGACGGCCGCGCUCACUGCUUUGACCCCGAUCGUCAUAUUUGCUGUGUGGUCCUCACUGCGCCCCAAGCGCAGCUAUCCCCCGGGUCCACCCCCCGCCUUCCUCGUCGGAAACCUUAAGGACAUCCCGAGCGGGGGCCACGAAUGGGAGCAAUGGGUCGCGCUCGCAAAGAAAUAUGCCACCGACGUUCUCUACCUUCGCGUUCUGGGGGCCGACAUCGUCGUCAUCAGCUCGUUCGAGGCCGCCCGCGAGCUCCUCGACAAGCGGGGCGCCAUCUACUCGUCGCGCCCUCGGAUGGUGCUCAUCAAGGAAGUAAUGGACUGGGCGUGGAACCUCGUCCUCAUGGACUACGGCCCCACCUUCCAGGCGUACCGCAAAGUCGUCCAGUCUGAAUUCACGCCCGCCGUCGUCGCCGACAAGCACCGCGCCGUCAUCCAGCGCGAGGUCGCCACCCUGCUGGGGCGCCUGCUCGUCUCCCCGCAGAAGCUCGUCAGGCACAUCAAGCUAAUGUCGGGUGGCGUUAUCAUGGACAUCUCGUAUGGCCACCGGGUCCUGUCCGAGCGCGACGAGUAUGUCGCGCUCGCGGUGGCCAUGCGCGAGAACGCCGACGGGCAGCCGGGCACCUCGAUCGUCGACGUGUUCCCUCCCCUCAAGUACGUGCCCGCGUGGUUCCCCGGCGCGGGGUUCAAGCGCAACGCUCUUAUCGGCGCACAACUCUCGCGGGACAUGCGGGACAAGCCGUACAACGCCGCGAAGCGGCAGAUGGUGGAGGGCACAGCGGCGCCGUCGCUGGCCACCCGGCUUCUGUCGCAGCACGGGCUGGAGACGGCUGGGGUGGAGCGCGACGAGUUCAUCAAGAACUGCUGCGGUGUCGUAUACAGUGCUGGUGCAGACACCACGGCUACAGCCUUGACCAACUUCGCCCUGGCGAUGACGUUGUAUCCAGACCUCCAGCGGCGCGCACAGGACGAGCUGGACGGCGUGGUCGGACGGGAUCGCUUGCCGACGAUGGAGGACAGGAAGCGACUGCCGUACGUCAACAAUCUGGUAAAAGAGGUACUACGCUGGAAGGUAGUCACGAACCUUGGUGUUCCGCACUCGACCACGUCCGACGACACGUACGAGGGCGGGUACAUCCCCAAGAACACAACCGUGAUCGCUAACAUCUACGCGAUGCUUCAUGACGAGUCCGUGUACGCCAGUCCGGAGACGUUCAACCCGGACCGGUACGUUCCGUCAGCGGAGAACCCUUCAGGCGAACCGGACCCGGCGCGGGCGGUGUUCGGUUUUGGACGUCGGAUCUGUCCGGGGAGGUUCUUCGCGGACGAGUCCGUGUGGCUGGCCGUCGCCUCGGUGCUGCACGUAUUCACGCUCUCCGUACCGGCGACGGCGGGGAAGUCCCAUGUCCGAUGGUGCUCGGGGCUCGUCAACGAACCGUCGCCGUUCCCGUUCGAGAUCCAGCCUCGGUUCGAGGAUGCGCGGGAGGUUAUUGCCCGAGCCGAAUCUGAAUGA